CCGCGUCCGCUAGGCCCCCGGGGUUGGCGACUCUUGUCUCGGCCGGGGAUCGCUGCGGCUUUCGGUGCACGGUGGCCGCAGAGCCAGCUCGGCUCUCUCCACGUCGCAGCUUCCGGCUGGGGAGGACCUCUGGUCCCGUGUCGGAGCAAGGGAGCGGGUGCAUUCAACAGAGCCAAGGCCUGCCCCAAUGGCCAGCCCUGGGCAGCCUGGGGCUGGGGAGGGCCAGGAUGAAGAGGAGGAAGAGGGGGCCUCCGUAGGGCAGCAGGCAGAAGUGUUGCAGCAAGCCCAGGAGCUCUUUCUGCUGUGUGAUAAGGAGGCCAAGGGCUUUAUCACCAGGCAGGACCUGCAGGGCCUGCAGAGCGACCUUCCCCUCACGCCUGAGCAGCUGGAGGCUGUGUUUGAAAGUCUGGACCAGGCCCACACUGGCUUCCUUACAGCCAGAGAAUUCUGCCUAGGCCUGGGGAAGUUUGUGGGGGUGGAGUCGGCCCGAGGUGCUCCCCUACAGCGGACUCCCGAGGAAGAAACCUUUGAGUCAGGCACGAGGGGCUCUCUGGAGGAGGAGGAAGAUGUUGAGACAUUCUGCACUGCUUUGGAGCAGCUGGGAGUGGCCCGGGUCUUGGGCGAGCAGUGGGCAGUGAGGGCACUGUGGGCCCGGCUGCAGCGAGAGCGACCCGAGUUGCUGGGCUCUUUGGAGGACGUACUGAUGCGCGCGUCGGCCUGCCUGGAGGCGGCGGCCCGGGAGCGCGACGGCCUGGAGCAGGCACUGCGGCGGCGGGAGAGCGAGCACGAGAGGGAGGUGCGCGGUCUCUACGAGGAACUGGAACAGCAGCUCCAGGAGCAGAGGCAGCGCCGCCAGAGCCAGAACCUUCCUGGGGAGGAGCACCGGGGCCGCCUGGAGCUAGAACUGCAGACCCGCGAGCAGGAGCUGGAGCGCGCCGGCCUGCGGCAGCGAGAGCUGGAGCAGCAGCUGCAGGCUCGGGCUGCGGAACAGCUGGAAGUGCAGGCCCAACAUGCCCAGCUGCGACGGGCCUACGAGGUGCUGCGGGCACAGCUGGACCAGGCUCAGGAGCAGCUCAGCAGACUGGAGGGCGAAGCACAGGGCCGCCAGGAGCAAACCCAAAGAGAUGUGUUCAUAGUCUCCAGGAACAUGCAGAAAGAGAAACUCAGCCUGCUGCGGCAACUAGAGCUGCUCAGGGAGCUGAAUAUGCGGCUUCGAGAUGAGAGGGACGCCUGUGAGACUAAGUUGGCUGGCAGUAGCCACAGGAAGGCUUUAGCCAUGGGCCACAUGCCAGGGCCCACCUACUGUUGCUGCUGCUGUGGUUGGGUUCCGCCCCCCAGACUUGGCUCUGGACACCUCCCUGGUGCGCGAUGACAACCUUCAAGUGUGUCACUGAGUCUUACUUGGAGAAGUUGCUCCUAGAAGGCAACUUGUGGGUGAGGAUUGCCUGCUCAGCAUGUGGGUUCUAUACAGCCAAUCACCUGCCUGAAGAGACGUGAAGGAAGUAAACUGUGGGUGGUCAGGUCGUCAGUCUCUCGUGCCCCACCAGUGUUCAUUCUGUCCCCAUCUCUAUUCUGCAACAGCAAGACCUCCUGUUCAAUAAAGUCCACCGCCUGUGUGUUUGGGAGCCACA